AUGUUUCGGAUACCGCGAAUCGUUCCUUGGACUUCGCCACAGGAAUAUCAACAAGUUUACCAAUGGCUAUAUUCGGGUUCUCCGGAUUUACGUGAGCUGGGUGUCAAACGGGUCAAAGCAUGGUCAAAUCGUGGAAAGGUUCCUCAGGCCAUUGUGUGCACGGCCGCUUUUGUCGAAGCAUCGUUGAGGGACGAAUCCGGGAAGAUAUCGAAUCAUGAGUUGAGAUUGCU